GGCGAGGGAGGGGAAAGGGCGGGAAAAGGUACGUGCAUAUAAAAGACUGCUACUUCCGGCUUCCGGAGUGGAGGGCUUUUCUCGAUCUCUCUCGUUUGGGCUGUGGGUUGUGAAUGCGAGCAGAGAAAAUGGAGUCAACUCUCAAGAGAUACUUUGGAUAUUCUGGGUUCAGGCCUUAUCAGAAGGAUAUCAUUCAGAAAAUCCUGGAGAGAAGAGACUCCUUGGUCAUCAUGGCCACCGGAAGCGGCAAGUCUCUGUGCUAUCAGCUUCCUCCUCUGAUUUUGGGAAAGACUGCUAUAGUGAUAAGCCCUCUGAUAUCUUUGAUGCAAGAUCAGGUCAUGGCUUUAAAACAAAGGGGCAUCAGAGCCGAGUUUCUUGCUUCUGCUCAAACUGAUCCCACCGUCCACAAAAAUGCAGAGAGUGGUACAUUUCAUGUUUUGUUCAUGACCCCAGAAAAGGCUUGCUCCAUUCCUGGCAGCUUCUGGUCAAAGUUACUAAAGGUGGGGAUUUGUCUGUUUGCUGUUGAUGAAGCACAUUGCAUAUCUGAGUGGGGCCAUGAUUUCAGGAUGGAAUACAAACAGUUAGACAAGUUACGUGCUAUUCUUCUAGAUGUUCCAUUUGUUGGCUUAACUGCAACUGCUACCAAAAAGGUUCGGAUGGACAUUAUUAAUUCUCUAAAGAUGAGAGAUCCUAAUGUUUUCAUUGGAUCCUUUGAUCGUAAGAAUCUCUUCUAUGGAGUCAAAUCUUUUAUUCGCAAUUCCCAAUUUAUGGAUGAGUUUGUGGGGGAAAUCUCAAAAUUUGUGGCUAGUUCUGACUCUACCAUUAUAUAUUGUACAACAAUCAAAGAUGUUGAGCAGAUUUACAAGUCACUUCAGGAGGCUGGAAUAAAGGCUGGCAUUUAUCAUGGUCAAAUGGCUAAUAGUGCUCGUGAAGAAUCCCACAGAAUUUUUAUAAGAGAUGAAGUACAUGUCAUGGUUGCCACUAUUGCUUUUGGAAUGGGUAUUGAUAAACCAAAUAUAAGGCAUGUCAUUCACUAUGGUUGCCCGAAGAGUCUUGAGUCCUAUUAUCAGGAAAGUGGACGAUGUGGUAGAGAUGGUAUAGCUUCUGUCUGCUGGCUUUAUUAUAAUAGAGGUGACUUCAUGAAAGCAGAUUUCUACUGCGGAGAAGCCACAGGAAAUCAAAGAAGAGCUAUUAUGGACUCACUGGUGGCUGCACAGAACUAUUGCUUACAGACAACCUGCCGAAGAAAGUUCUUGCUGGAGUAUUUUGGGGAAAAAUUUGAGUCUGAUAAAUGUGGGAAUUGUGAUAAUUGCACCAUCUCAAAAAGGGAGUGUGACAUGUCUAGAGAAGCAUUUCUUUUAAUCGCGUGCAUCAACUCCUGUAGGGGUCAUUGGGGCCUCAACAUGCCUAUUGACAUUCUUCGUGGAUCUCGAUCAAAAAGAAUUCUUGACGCUAAGUUUGACAAGCUUCCGCUUCAUGGCCUCGGGAAAGACCACUCAUCAAAUUGGUGGAAAGCACUAGCUUACCAAUUGAUUUCUUAUGGUUAUCUGAUGGAGUCUGUUAAGGAUGUAUAUAAAACCGUAAGUGUCAGUCAAAAAGGAGCUCAAUUUCUCAGUUCCUCAACACCUGCUCAUCAACCAAAAUUAGUUUUGCAAGUGACUAAUGAAAUGGUUGAUGAUGAGGAGCAUGAAGGCACAUCAGGCAAAUUUGGAGAGUUGAAAGGUUUGGCUACAUUUGAAUAUGAAGGAUUUUCAGAGACUGAGGGACAACUCUAUCAUAUGCUUCUAGACGAGAGAAUGAAGUUUGCAAGAGGCAUUGGAACUGCUCCAUAUGCCAUAUGUGGUAAUGAAACAAUUAAGAAGAUCGCACUGAUAAGGCCAUCUACUAAAGCUAGGUUAGCAAACAUCGAUGGUGUCAACCAGCAUUUUUUAACAACAUAUGGGGAUCAUUUUCUUCAAAGCAUUCAACAUCUAUCACAAGCACUAAACCUUCCCUUGGAUGGGGAUGCAAGUAUGCAAGCUGCUGUUGUGAGAAAAAUGCAACCAGUACCAAACCAACAGAGAAAAUUAACUCCAGCAAAGUAUGAAGCUUGGAAAAUGUGGCAGGAGGAUGGUCUCUCAAUUGAAAAAGUUGCUAACUUCCCUAGUAGGUCAGCUCCCAUAAAGGAUCAGACAGUUCUUGAAUAUUUGCUUGGGGCUGCCCAAGAGGGAUUUGCAAUUGAUUGGACCAGACUAUGUGAUGAGGUUGGACUUACACGUGAGAUGUUCUCAGAUAUUGAGGCUGCUAUCACAAAAGUUGGGUCAAGAGACAAGUUGAAGCCUGUUAAAAUUGAAUCACCGGAAUAUAUAAGUUAUGCCCACAUCAAGGUAUGUUUGACACUGCAAGACUGUGGGAUGUCGAAGGAAGUAAUUCCACCUGGCAAUCACAAUACAUUGACAGCUGAUGAACUUCCUAGCAAAGCAUCAGAAGCAUCGAUGGAUACUAUGCAUAAAUGCCUCAUUCGAGGACCUUGUGAAGUUGAAACAUCAGUUGAUAAUAUAAUUGCUUCUUGUUGCUUAGAAAAUGAAGUCACCACUUCCAUUCCCUUCACAGUAGACCUGGACAUGCAUCCACCUGGAGUUCAUGAUGAGAUAUUUUCCUUGAGGAAACGUCAGAAAAUUGAUGAACCAGAAGAGGAAAGUUUGAUCAUGCAGGAGGCAACGGAGAGCUCCAUAUUAGACUUGCUUAGGAAUUAUGAUGAUGGGGUUCCUCUAUCUGAUGUAUUGAAGCACUUCAAUGGAUCUAGAGAAGAAUAUGUAGUUGAUCUGCUGAGCAAUCUUGAAGGUGAGUUUAUGAUAUUCAAGAAGAAUAAUAUGUAUAGGCUUAUGUAAAGCUUGGGGUGUUUAUGUAAAACUUGGGUUGGUACAAGGUUUCAAUCACCAGUAUAUUUGCUACUUUGAUUAAGAGCAGUGUAAAUACACGCUAUUUAUGUUGGACAUUGCUUUGGCGUCGGGUCCUACCAUAAUGCUGUCAGGAUAGUCAAUGGCUUCAUGUCAUGGACUCAAGAAUGCAGGCAACAAGGCUAAUGCUGAGGAAUUUCUGUGAUUGUUUGAUUUGUGCUCCUUA